AUGGCCAAGACCCAGAGGCUCGCUUUGCUCCUAGUAAGGCUCCUGGCAUUCGCCGCCACCCUUUCUGCCGCGGUUGUCAUGGCUACGAGCCACGAGAAGGCUAGCUUAUUUACUAUCUCUUUUGAAGCCAAGUACUCUCAAACACCAGCUUUCAAGUACUUCGUCAUUGCAAAUGCUAUUGUCAGUGUGUACGGAAUCCUUGUUCUUUUCCUUCCUUCAGAAAGUUUGCUCUGGCGUUUAGUGGUUGCUUUCGAUUUGGUUUUCACCAUGUUGCUGAACUCAAGCAUUUCGGCGGCUUUGGCUAUUGCUUAUGUGGGAAAGAAAGGAAACACCUAUGCAGGUUGGCUUCCCAUUUGUGGCCAAGUCCCAAGGUAUUGUGGCCAAGUAAAAGGAGCUCUAAUUGCUGGAUUCAUUGCACUCAUAAUAUAUAUGGCGCUUCUUCUGCACGCAAUCCACACUGUCUUAGACCCUCUACUCCUCAAGAAAACUUAG